AGAGAGCCAGAGAGGAAGAAGACCUCCAUCCGUCAGCACGGGCCGCCGCAAUUCGAAGAAAGUCCCUCGCCCUCAAUCGUCAGAAAGGAGAGAAGAAAAAGUUGAGAAGAAAGAAGACAAACCCAGAAGUGGUUAAAUAAACUGCAAGGGACUUUCAGGAUUGUACAUAUUGAAGGGGGAGAGAUUUGGACUGAAAACAAAGAAAAGAGGCUGUUAUUAAUUGUAGAGGACGUUGCGCAAGGAAUCUAAACAUAUAGAGUGCAGUUAUGCCUCCCAAGAGCAGGACAACAAGGAAAAGAAGCUUCUUAGAAGAUCACAGCUCAGUAAAUUUAUCCAAGAGCAGCACAACAAGAAAAAGAAGGCUCUUAGAUGGAGAUCCCUGCUCAGCAAAUUUAUAUCAUGCUGAGAGUCUGGCUGAAAGCUCAUCAAGACCAGGGGAUAUAUGUGUAAACUCAUGCAAUGAGACUGAAAGUACAAUAGUUGGAGGUUCAUCUUUUUUGGGUCAGGGGUUAUAUCAAAAGAGUAGACAAGGAAUGACUACGAAGUAUGAGGAUUUUGGUGACAAUGUUUUUGCAUGUAAUCAUUGUGGCGCACGUUUUUGGUUGAAAGAAGCAAACAAACAAAAGUCCAAGAAUGCACCCAUCAUCUAUACAAAUUGUUGUAAGAAAGGAGAAAUCAAAGUUCAGCAAUCAAACCCAACACCGGCAUUUCUUGAACAUCUAUUGAAUCCAGAAAAUGGUCCAGAAAGCAGGCUUUUCAGAGAUAAUAUUAGAGUUUACAAUUCAAUGUUCUCUUUUACAUCAAUGGGAGCAACAAUUGAUCAUGGUGUAAACGUUGGAUCAGGUCCUUAUGUCUUCAAAAUAAAUGGUCAAGUACAUCAUUUAAUGGGUUCUAUGUUGCCUCCUGAUGGUGAAUGUCCUAAAUAUGCACAAUUAUACAUCUAUGAUACAAAAAAUGAGGUUGCAAAUCGUAUUAACGCUAUUGAUCCUUCUCAUAUCAAUGAAAAAAUAAAACCAGAUAUUGUACAAGGAUUGAUUAAGAUGUUUGAUGAAAUUAAUGAGUUGGUUAAAACUUAUCGAAUGAUCAGAGAUAAAUUUGAAGAUAAUUCUUUGCCUUCAUUCAAUGUGACUAUGCUUAGUCGCCAACCAACUGAUAGUAAACAAUAUGAGGAACCAACAAGUGAGGAAAUUAGCGGUUUAAUCAUGUUUGCACGGUAG